CUAGAAAGGCCUAAGGAUCAGGGCCCGCAUGGUGAUAGCAGGCGCAGGGUUGGAUCGCUUGUUGACGGUCUUGGCAGUCAAGUCUGCGAUGCUGUAUGGUGGGAUGAUGACGAACGGGAGGGGAAGAGAAGAGGGGCCCAGAGGGGUCUGGACGGUGUGUGAAAGGGCGGGAGUUGUGACGGGAAGUGGUGGAGGUGCCAAAAAUGCCAAAAAAUUGCCAGCCCUGACCUGGACAGACCCAAGUAUCGGCGGCCCAAUCGACCAGAGAAGAGCUGUGAUGCUGCAGCGCACUACCUACGUGCAGCGUGGCAUCUCACCAGAUGGGCAACCCGGACGCAACUCAUUGGAGUUUACCAUCUUCCACCCCCACCGGCCACCUCACGCUUUUCCUUUCUUUCUCAUCGAGAUGCAAGCUUUUCACACCGGUGCGGGACUGAUGUGACUCUCUCGACGCACCUGGUCAUUUAUUACCGCAACAGGUCAAGAAACAUCGUCAAUCAUCUUCAAGUUUUGGUGUGAGGAUAUGUCUUAUCUCACACACUGCCGAUGGCACAGACCUCAUCCAGGCACGCAAGAUGGCUUUGUCUAACCAUGCCAUGGCCCUGACUGGAGCUUGGCUGCUAGUCCUCAGUCUUGCCCACACACCCACAAAGCCCAACCCUCCAAUGACAGACCCGGAGCUCCUUGAGCCCAACCAACAGAGAUCUCACGAUGGCUCUCGACUGACCCUGGGCUCCAUGACUCGGUUGUCUCAAUUUCUGGCAGUUUUGGAAUACCCUUUCUUCUCUCGGGCCAAAGGCAGAGGAGAAAGUCGGAAGCAAUGACCUGCCUGAUCUUUCAGAUGUUUAUAAAAAUGCACACAGAGCCCAUCUCGACAAGUGCACAUUUUGCUGUUCUUGUGUAACAAACACCAAACACUUGUUCCCACCACACGAUCACCUACCACCUGCUUUCUCACGUCAGAUCCCAAAUCCCAAGCCAACCAUUCACCAGCUACCAACAACUCCUUGGCUCAUCAUGUUGCCCCUCCAGUCCUCGCCUCUUCUCUCUGACCAAGACUUUGUGUUUGGUCCUGGCCCCCUCAGCUCCCAAGGGGAAGGCAUCAGAACUCUACCGAUUCCAGGAGUUCUUUGUCCAACAUGCGCCGCCAACGGCAGCGAGGUCUGGGUCAUCCCGGGGCGGCAGUGCGGCUACUGCCGCACCCCUGCCCCUGAUGAAGAUUCCUGCGAUGGUGACCACGACCAUUGAUUAGCUCUCGAAACCUACGACAAUAUCGAUACCCUUAUUUCAACAUGGCGAAGAGGAGUUGGCGGUUCUUUAUGCGUUUUCAGUUGGGGGGUUUACACACUCGUUGGCCUCGUCAUGUUUUCACCUAUUUCAAUGACCAUCGAAUUUUCUCGUUCACUUUGGUUUAUGUUCGGCUCGGAUGCUCUUUACUGCAGGGCAACGUGGGGCUUUGUGAGGUGUCAUACUCGACCGCCGUCUUCACCUUCCUUGUAGGCGAGCAUCUCCUCGGUGGUACCCCAAUAGACUGCAAAGUGCGGUUUUGUCUUGAGCACGAGUGCUGCCAACCGUCGUUCCUGUUUCUGUAGCUCGGAGCUGCCGGUUGGUCCGGAACAGGGCCCCGCAGACAUGCAUGCCACCGCAUCUCUGCGGCACUAGCAUAUCAUCAAUAUCACGGGCUUCGUCCAAGUAUUCCAAGUGCAGGGGGACUCGCUGCGGUGCUGCUGCUAUUAUUACCUAACCUUCGGUGAACUACCUGUAUGCUGUGAGACCACCAUGUUAUUCCUCUCACUUGUGAGCCAAAUCCGACCAACACCACACCUUCGCAGACCUAGCUAUCAGCAU